GAGUUUAUGGCCCUCCUGUGUAAAGUCCUCUUAACACACCCUUUCUCACACACUCACAGAGAGAAGGCUGGCGGACUAUUUGCACUUUCUUAACAAUUUAUUUUAUUUUAUUUUUUUGUGGCUGUAGCGUGUUAUUAGAGUGUGUUGUACUGUAGGCCAGUGCGUAUCAUCUGUUUGUAUCUUUCCAUAAGUAUUUGUAUGGGAGCUCUGUUGUAGCAUCAGCUUGAAGAUUUGUACCAGCUAACGCUUAGGAGGGCCCUGUUAUUGCACUGUGCUGUUAGCUGUUAGCUGCGUACCAUUUUUGCUGAAGAGUGUGUGCGAUCAUGUCAAUGGCGGUGGAGUUACUGGGCUUCUUCUUGUGUGUGGGUGGCUGCCUGCUGAGUGCGGCGAGUUUAGCGAAUAACUACUGGAGAGUUUCGUCCUUCUCUGGCUCCGUGAUCGUAUCCAGACGGAUUUAUCUGAACUUGUGGCAGGCGUGUGCACAGGACAGUACAGGCAUCACCAACUGCAGAAGUUUCGAGUCCUUGCUUGCACUUGAUGUCCAUGUGCAGGCAUGUCGUGCUCUGAUGAUCAUAGCCCUGCUGCUUGGCCUUGCCUCCAUCCUCCUCUCUGUCCUGGGACUGAAGUGCACCAAACUGGGCGACAUGAAGGAUACCAGUAAAGGACGACUCAUGCUCACUGCUGGACUGCUGUUUAUACUGUCCGGUUUGUGCGUGCUGACGGCUGUGUCGUGGUAUGCAUCGCGCAUCGUUCAGGAGUUCAAUAAACCCAAUCCCGAAGGAACAAAAUUUGAGCUGGGUACUGGUCUGUAUUUGGGAUGGGCCGCGGCUGUGUGUGUGAUUAUGGGAGGAGCCAUGCUGUGUGGAUCAUUCAAGAGAGCAAGUUCACCCAAACCUGCAGGUGGUUACAGGUAUACAUCAUCAGCCAAUCAACAGAUCUAUAAAGCAGGUAUGCAGUCGGAAAGCAGCAGCGCCAGAGCGUACGUCUGAUCCCAGCGCCUCGUCCACUCUGGAAAUGAAAAUUGUCUAUAAAACUAUUUUUACUUCACAAUUUUUUGUUUGAGCGAGCGCUUGUGUGUGUUAUUUACGGUGUUACAAAUCAUGUCGUUGCGUUGUUUAUGUGAAUAAAUGUUUGUGAGACUGUAUGUUUUUGCCUUUAUGACUUGUUGUUGUUUUGAUGGGGCUUUGCAUUUUUUUUUAGUAAUAAAACAAUAAAUUAUUUUUAUGUAUCUUUAAAUUUG